AAAAAGCACCCAAUCCACUCACUCACCCCAUGAAAAUCAAAAUUUAUUCAUCACAAAAACUAUGCCCAUUUCUUCAUCAUAAUUUAAAUCAAAUAAAUUAUGCCCAUUUCAUCCUGAAUCCUCAAUCUGCAAAUGGUUUCUCUUCAACAAUCCGACUCUUCUAGUCCGGGUCGGUUUCAAAUAACCCGACCCUACUACACUCCUCCUCCAUCCUCAGCUGCUUCUUCUCCAUCCAGCUUCCAGAAACAUCUUGGCCGUUCAAUGCGUACCGUCCGUUCCAGUUUCUCACACUCAGGAUACACAAACAACACCUGUUCCUCCUUCUCCGCCUCUGCAGAACAGGAACAAACCCUCCCACCCUCUGUCGAAUUAGAAAACGUCACUGAUUCCUUCAUAGACACGCAUUUGCAACAGCUUGCCACGGCUAAGUUAUCCAACUCAUCCUCUUCUGUGACGUCAUCAGAUGGAUAUUACGGACUCUCGCAAGUGUUCAGUGAUUUCUCCGCCUGUAGCAGUGACAUAUCUGGAGAGCUACAGCGUCUGGCUUCAACAUCAGAGGAGGUGAAGAAAUUGACUGAAACUGAUCGAAAGAAUUUACAGGAGCCGGAGCCCUGCUUAGGGUUUCUCCAACGUGAUAAUUUCUCUACUGAGAUCAUUGAAAACAUUUCACCUGAAGAUUUACAACCCACGGUUAAGAUCUGUGUGGAUAGUCUCAGUUCGAGUUCGGUUGCUGUCAAGAGAUCGGCAGCUGCCAAAAUUCGGUUGCUAGCGAAAAACCGAGCGGAUAAUCGAGCGUUAAUCGGUGAAUCGGGUGCUGUACCCGCGUUGAUUCCGCUGCUUCGGUGUGUUGAUCCUUGCACUCAAGAACACGCUGUCACUGCGUUAUUGAAUUUAUCUUUGUUAGAUGAUAAUAAACCGUUGAUUGCUGGUGCUGGUGCAGUGAAAUCUUUAAUUUAUGUGUUGAAAACUGGCACAGAGGUGUCGAAACAGAAUGCAGCAUGUGCGUUAUUGAGUUUAGCAAUGGUUGAUGAGAAUAGAGUGUCGAUUGGAGCAUGUGGUGCGAUUCCGCCUUUAGUUUCGCUGUUAAUUAACGGUUCAAACAGAGGGAAGAAAGACGCGUUAACGACUUUGUAUAAACUGUGUUCCAUGAAGGCGAAUAAGAAAAGAGCGGUAAAUGCGGGAGUGGUUAAGCCGUUGGUGGAGUUGGUGGUGGCUGCUGGAGAGGCGGGGAAGGAGCAGGGGAUGGCGGAGAAGGCGAUGGUGGUGUUGAGUAGCUUGGCGGCGGUCGAGGAAGGGCGAACGGCGAUAGUGGAAGAAGGCGGUGUUCAGGCGCUGGUGGAGGUGGUCGAAGAUGGUGCGUCGGUGAAGGGGAAGGAAUUCGCGGUGGUGACGUUGUUACAGUUGUGUGAAGGGGUUAAUGGGGCCCGAAACCGAGGAUUGUUGGUUGGAGAAGGUGUGAUUCCGCCGUUGGUUGCUCUUUCGCAGACGGGAAGUGUUAAAGCCAAGCAUAAGGCUGAAACACUACUUGGGUAUCUGAGAGAAGCAAGGCAAGAGGGUUGUAGUUCAAGUCCAAAGUGAGGUAUUAAUUUUUUAGAUGAUAUCAGAAGCAUAAUAAUAUAUGUUUGCUAGAGUGUUGAUUGUAUAUACAAAUAUUAUUUAUUAUUCUUUUUAUGGGUUUCUACGAAGAUUUGUUAUUUUGUUAUAUAAAGAAAUACAACUUGGCUCGUUGUAAAUUUAAGAUUAGUAACAAGAAGCUGACCUUGAGUUUUC